AUGAAAAUAAUCUCAUGGAAUAUACGUAGACUGAAUAGCCCACAUAAACAGGAUGUUCUAAAAAAUUUAUUUAGAGAUCACAGACCGGAUAUCAUUAUUAUCCAAGAAACUAAAAUGAGUAAAGAGAAAGUUGAAAAAAUUAAGCUUUUUAAGUAUGGUGAAGUUUGCGAGGGAAGAUCAGAAGGUGCCUCUAGGGGUAUAGCUAUUUUUUGGAACCUUAAGCGAGUGUCAAGGGAGCUGGUCAUGCAAGAUAGCAAUCUAGCUUCCAUUAGGUUUAAUCACAUUGGGGAUGGUACUUCCUUACUUCUUACCAAUAUUUAUGCCCCUAAUAAUAGACUUGGCAGAAGCAAAUUCUGGAAAAAACUGGAGGCUAUUAGGGCCCUUUACAAGGAUGAUAUGUGGAUCAUUAUGGGGGACUUCAAUACUCCUCUCCAUGAUGAUGAGAAGUUUGGAGGUCUCCCCUCUCAAUUGGAUAGCAGAAUGGAUCUUUUAAACUUUAUCAACAAUCAAGGCCUGCAUGACAUUGAUCUCCAAGGUGCCAAGUUUACCUAG